AUGGAUAUGGGUCACGGACAUUCGUCCACGGACGCAACAAGCGGCAUGAGCAUGUCCAUGGUCUUCACCACUGACCACUCAACUCCUCUCUACUCGUCAGCCUGGACGCCCUCAGGAACUGGAGCCUAUGCCGGUACAUGCCUAUUCCUCAUCAUACUGGGCGUCAUCAGUCGACUGCUUCUCGCAUACAGAUAUGUCGUCGAGCAGAAAUGGCACGACAAGGCGGUGCAACGACGUUAUAUUGUGGUCGCUGGCGAGAAUGCCGUGGAGCGCGAACGACGACUUGAACCUUCGGCUGAGAAGAGCGACGAGGCCACUCUUACCACUCGUGGUAUGGACGAGAGUGUGCGAGUGGUCAGGACGGCACGAAGAUCGCUGCAGAACACGCCAUGGAGAUUCAGCACUGACUUGCCACGGGCUUGCAUCUUCACCGUACAAGCUGGCGUUGGGUAUUUGCUUAUGCUUGCUGUGAUGACGCUAAACGUUGGCUACUUCCUUUCGGUGCUCGCAGGACUCUUCGUGGGAGAGCUGCUAGUCGGCCGAUAUACGUUCGCAGACGAUGGUCAUCACUAG